GUGAACAUAAAAAUAAGUGACUCAGAAUGGAUUGGAGAGGAAAAAAAAUUAAAUUUACGAUAUUACGGCUGCAUUUUUCUUUUAAGUAAAUGUUAUACGCAGUAAUAAUGUUGCUCAAUAUCUUUCUUUCAUUCGGUAUUCUCCCUUUGAGAAUGUACGAUUAUCUCCACUGUUUAAAAUAAACAUACUUACGCUUUUAAGAAGGAAAUCGCAUUUCUCUAAGAAGAAAUUGUAUCAGCUAAUUAAAACACAACUGUAAGUUCUGCAUGUAGCGAGCGGAUUAUUUUAAUGAGUCUCCGUUGCGGGGCUUGGACCGCAGCAUUCUCCAUGCGGAUAAUCCCGAGGACUUUGCAAGGAUUAUUGAUCAAUGGUUAUUAUAAAAGCGAAUUCAUGGCGUAGACCACGUUAUACUUAGUGCAAUGCCCCGACAGAAAGCACUUCUACUUUCCACCUGCCUGUUGGCACUCGUGGCCAGUUUAACUCUGGCACUUCCACCCGGGGCACCAUGGACGAGCUUUGUGUCUAAACCUGUUUAUUCACGAGCUCUCGGACCUCCAGGAGGAAUAGACACGAUAUCCAUACCUUACAUGCCAAAAUCCCCGUUCAUGCCAAAGUUUGUCGACCCGAAGACAUUUAUUUCUAAAAAGACGGAUAUGCUGAGUAACUUGUUCGGCGGUGUGGGACCAGUUGCGUAUAACGUGGCAGAUACCAAACCGAUCAUACCGUACGGCGUAAGCGGACCAUCUUUCGAUAGCACUGAUAGUGCAAAUGCAUUAUUUAGCAAACGAGACAUAUUACAAGAUGAUAAAGGAAAAAUUAUCGACGGUAGCGUUAUGCAUAAACGCAGUAUGUUUGGUCCGUUUGCCCCAAAAUUCGGCCCGAUGGGUCCGAUGGGUCCAGUGGGUCCGAAAUUCGGACCCGUCUCGCCGUUUGCAUCACCAGGAAUGAUGCCGGAUUUCAUGGAUAAAGCAUCUUUCUCACGCAAAAGGAGAAGCAUAGAAGCGCCUUCUUCCGCGGGCAAUACCAUUCCAGGCUUGUCAUCUUAUCCGAAGGUAGUAGAAGGUAUGUCGGCAACAAAACCGGCCGCCGAUGAUACGCCAAAGGAAUACUUGCCGCCGGGCAUGUUCGGACCCUUUGGACCCGGUGGUCCCUUUGGACCAGGUGGACCUUUCGGGCCAAGCAGUUCAUUCGGACCAGUAGUGGACCCGAGCGCGAUCAUCUCGAAGAAAUCGGAAUUCCUGGACACGCUCUUCAAAAAUCUUGCCACCAGCACUGCGGCGCCAGCGACCGACGUACCUCCGCCGAAAAGCGCUAUCGUGCCACCCAGCUUCUGGAUACCAUCCUCCGUGAUUCCCGGGCCGACCGAGUACACCCAGAAGGUGUCUGACUUUCUGGACAAGCUGUUCGACAGUAUAAAUAUAACCGCGACAGAGACGAGCGACGGUUCGGACGCAAAAAGCGAUUUUGCGAGGUCUCUGAAACCCGACGACAUUUCACCGGCCAAAUUUGCAAGAUCCUUGGACGAUGCGUCGUCCGUCGCAGCCGCUAAAGAUGCAAUGGUCGACGCGAUACUGUCGGAGCUCGGUGACUUGAAAGGUGACAUGAUAGCGACUUUGAACGAUCUGAUCGCGUAUGAAAAGACCGCGGCAGCCGCUGCCGCCACUGCGAAGAAACCUUUUAAGCCGCCUUUCGCUGGCAUAUUUCCGUUUGCGAAACCGACAGUGGAUCCAACGCUUCCGUUUCAGCAGAGAAUGACCGUACUCAGCCAAGUAUUUGAUAUGCUGACGGAGCUGCAAAGGAAUAUCAGUGCGGUCGCGAAAAGCGCGGUGGCCGCUAAUGCUAGCAAUCCAGAUAAUCCGGAAUUGCCGAAGGUUCCAUUAGCUAAUGACGCAGCUGGCGCUUCGCCGAUUAACAACACUCUUUUGAACGCUAUUUUGAAGAAAAUAUCCGAAACUCCGGCUUCUUAUUCGGCUCCUUAUCCAGCUUCAUAUCCAGCUUCUUAUUCAGCUUCUUAUCCAGUAAAUCCCGUCAAAGAGAGUCCUAUAAUGAGCAGAGCUUUGCCCAAAGAACCAACAUCUUUCUGGGUGUCUUAUCCGGAUAAUUCGGCGUCUGCUGUAAAACGACAAGUGGACGAUGAUUCGCUAUCGUACUUCGGAUAUGAAAACGAUGAUGACCGGCGUGAUCAUAGACAAUACAAAAGAGGUGUACAAAUGCAGAUGCAUCAGGGCUACCAGAGUCUACCCGCAGGUUCGGUGGAAUCUGUACAAGCAGGCGGAGGUUCUACACCUGGGCAUCAAGGAGGAGGAAUCAAGUUGCUGAUUCAAAUGCCUAAAUUGCCUAACUCUCAAGCUCCAGGCUUUCAAAGUAUUAAUUACAGGGCCAAACGCUUACGGAAACUCGAACAAAUGGGCUGACUGGAUGCAGUAUCACAAGAAUGAGUAUCAAGAUCGUAGGCACCAUCAUAACCACCAUUAGGCCACUCAGCCAGCAGGAGUAUUUCUUUCACUUAUAUAUAUUUACAUUAGUCCUCAAUGAGAAAUCUUUUAAAAAUGUUGUUAUCCAAAGCGUAUAAGUAAACGUGUAAACGAUAUUAAUCGAUUAUUUCCAAUAAAAUAUAUUUGGCAGAAGAAGAUAAAAGAGAAA